CGGCAGGUUACCACAGCUGAGCCAGGGGCUCCAGGAGAACAACCCAGCUGGUGGGCUUUGGAGGCUUCUCAGGAUCCCACCGGGCACCGAGAUUGGGACCGAUUGGGUGAUGCUGCCUCCGGGCUGACUGCUGGGACAGAGCAAGAGACGCCGGGAGAGGGACAAUAAGCAAAAAAGCCAUGGAGGAUCCAGGCCAGGAGGAUUAUGAAGCUGAGAUGAGGAGCAGGCUGGAUGAAGAGGGCUACAGGGACCCCCAGCUGAAGCAAUCAGAGAUGUCACUCGAUGAACAAGGCAGUUCCUCCUCGUUGGAUCAGACCCAGGAGGCGUCAGGGAGAGCGGGGGCUGCCCACCCAUCCACCUCCAGCCGGAGGACACAUGAGGCAUAUGUGGAGUUACAAGAACUGGUCAUGGACAGAAACAACGAGCUGCGCUGGAUGGAGGCCGGCCACUGGAUCAAGCUGGAGGAGGACUUUGAGGAGGCGGGGCACUGGGGGAGGCCGCACCUCUCAUACCUGACAUUCCGCAGCCUGCUGGAGGUUCGCAAGGCCUUCACGAAAGGCACUAUCCUUCUGGACCUGCCUGAGAAGUUCCUGGCAGGCAUCACCAAUCAGCUGAUAGACCAAAUGAUCUAUGAAGGGCAGCUCAAACCACAGGACAGAGAGGCGAUCCUGAGAACCCUGCUGCUGCAGCACAGCCACCCAGAUGGGUCUGAAUCCAUGGGGACCCUUUCCCCAGGCCAACUGGAACGAAAGGACACCAAGGACGAGGUCACGUCCCAACCUCUCAUGGAGGAAUAUCACCAGAUUGAGAUGCAGACGCUCACGGGCACAGAACAGGAAGGGCCCCGGGGGCACACCUUCAGGAAGCAGCUCCUCGAGAAGAUCCCAGAGGACGCUGAGGCCACGCUGGUCCUUGUAGGCCGCGCCGCCUUCCUGGAUCACCCCACCUUGGCCUUCGUGCGCCUGAGGGAAGCGGUGGAGCUGGACUUGGUCCUGCAGGUGCCCGUCCCCGUGAGGUUCCUCUUCAUGGUGCUGGGACCCGACUCCCCGCACAUCAGUUACCACGAGAUCGGACGGGCCGUCUCCACCAUGAUGGCAGAAAGGGGGUUCCGUAGGGACGCCUACCUGGCGGAGGGGCGCCAGGACCUGAUAAAGGGCAUGGAGGAGUUUCUGGAUUGCAGCAUCGUCCUCCCGCCCUGCGAGAUCCAGAACGAGCAGCUCCUCCGGAGCCUGGUGCCCAUGCAGAAGGAGCUGCUGCGGAAGAGGUACCUGCCGGACGAGAAGAAGCCGGAAAUGAAGACCUUAAAGGACGUGGAUCUAGGCCUGGCAGACAAGGAGGAGGACGAGGACCCCCUGCGGCGGACCGGCCGGCUCUUCGGAGGCCUGGUGCGGGACAUCAAGCGCCGCUACCCCAAAUACCUCAGCGACAUCAAGGACGCCCUCAAUCCCCAGUGCCUGGCCGCCGUCAUCUUCAUUUAUUUCGCAGCCCUCUCCCCCGCCAUCACCUUCGGGGGCCUGCUGGGGGAAAAGACAGGCAACCUGAUCGGGGUCUCGGAGCUGCUGGUCUCCACAGCCGCGCAGGGCAUCAUCUUCUGCCUCCUCGGCGCUCAGCCCCUGCUGGUGGUCGGCUUUUCGGGUCCCCUGCUGGUCUUUGAAGAAGCCUUUUUUAAGUUCUGUGAGAGCUACGGCAUGGAGUACAUCGUGGGCCGGGUCUGGAUCGGCUUCUGGCUCAUCCUCCUGGUGCUGCUGGUGGUGGCCUUCGAGGGCAGUUUCCUGGUGCGCUACAUCUCCCGCUACACCCAGGAGAUCUUCUCCUUCCUCAUCUCCCUCAUCUUCAUCUACGAGACCUUCGCCAAGCUCAUCACGAUCUUCCAGAAGCACCCCCUGCGGAAGGUUUACGGGUCGGCCGACGAACCGAAACCCAACACAGCCCUGCUCUCCCUGGUCCUCAUGGCCGGCACUUUCUUCAUCGCCUUCUUCCUGCGCAAGUUCAAGAACAGCGCCUUCCUGCCCGGCAAGCUCCGGCGUGUGAUUGGUGACUUUGGGGUCCCCAUUUCCAUCUUCAUCAUGGCGCUGGCCGACUUCUUCAUCAAGGACACCACAGACACCCAGAAACUUAGCGUUCCUAAAGGCCUCGAGGUCUCCAAUACGACGGCCCGGGGAUGGUUCAUCCAUCCACUGGGGAAAAACAGAGACUUCCCAAUCUGGAUGAUGUUCGGUGCCGCCCUUCCUGCCCUCUUGGUCUUUAUCCUCAUUUUCCUGGAGUCGCAGAUCACCACGCUGAUUGUGAGCAAGCCCGAGAGGAAGCUGGUGAAGGGCUCGGGCUUCCAUCUGGACCUGCUGCUGAUUGUCGGCAUGGGAGGCAUCGCCGCGCAAUUUGGCAUGCCCUGGCUCAGUGCCACCACGGUGAGGACCAUCACUCACGCCAACGCCCUGACGGUGAUGGCCAAGACCACCACCCCCGGGGAGAAGGCCCAAGUCCAGGAGGUCAAGGAGCAGAGGAUCAGUGGGCUCCUGGUGUCCGUCCUUGUAGGUCUCUCGAUCCUCAUGGAGCCCAUCCUGAAGCUGAUCCCGCUGGCUGUGCUCUUUGGGAUCUUCCUCUAUAUGGGGGUCACCUCCUUGAACGGGAUCCAGCUCUACGACCGCAUCCUCCUCCUGCUGAUGCCACCCAAGUACCACCCUGACGAGCCCUACGUCAAACGGGUGAAGACCUGGCGGAUGCACAUCUUCACGCUCACCCAGAUCGUGUGCCUGGCCACGCUGUGGGCGGUGAAGUCCACCCCGGCCUCCUUGGCGUUGCCUUUCCUCCUCAUCCUGACGGUGCCCCUGCGCCGCUUUCUGCUCCCCAAGAUCUUCAAGGACAUCGAACUCAAGUGUCUGGACGCAGACGAUGCCGACGUGACCUUCGAUGAGACGGAAGGCCGUGAUGUGUACCAUGAAGUGCAGAUGCCGAUCUGAGCACCUGCUGCCUUGUGUCCUCCAUAUAAGGAACAGGGGAUUCCUUUCUCAGGCUUUUCAGAGAGCCCAGAGUCUGGGUUCAAAGAAAUGAGUGUGUGUGUGUGUGUGUGUGUUUGUGUGUGUAUGUACUGUAUGCACAAGCACACAUGCAUGUGGGCACAUGCCCACACAUGCCCACACACACACACACACGCGUGCCAAGGAAUCUAUGUAGCUAUACACACGCAUUAGAUCCGCUUCAGAUUCUGUAGGACCACAAAGCAACUUGACAAGACUCCGAAACCAGACCUUGAGGACAAAUCAUGCUUCCAAGCUGCAUCCAGACUGUUAGAGAUGGGAACCUGACAUGUGAACUCCACUCAGCACUGGUUCUGCAGCUAAGUAACCCAGGAAUAUAUUUCUUUUCUUUUUUUGUUUUGUUUUCUUUUUAUGGCUUGAUCAGUUGUAUCCACCAGCUGGGAUAAAGCACCGACUCUCUGGGGAAGAGGGAAUCUUGGUUCUUAUGUGCUCACCCGGCCAUGCAUGUGGUCUGGUGCUCCCCUUUGCCUCAGCCCCUGGGUAGUAAUGAGAUCCUGCCAGAUUAUUUUUUUUUACAGACCACUGAAGAGUUAAUCCCGCUGGCAGGGCUCUUUGCAGACCCUCGUGCUGGUGUAUGUAGCCCAGGACAUACACAGCAAAGCUGGGAGCACUCAGCCAGAGCAGGAGGAGACGGCUAGGAAGGGCUGCUUCUCCUCCCAGAUGAAGAAGCUGGCUCCAAAAGAGACCAAGGAAGAAGGCAAGUGAGGAAAAGCCUUUAGAAUCGCCUUGUGACCAUGGAACUGAGGGAGCACCGGGUACCAGUGCUGAUGGAAAGGAACAAGCUUGCCAAGGACGUGGGAGAAUCACCAGCAUCACAGACAUCGCUGGUGCCCAUCGAUCCAGGGUGGCUUUGGGCUAACAGAAUCCAGGUUGCCACGGUGGAGGGAUGGGGCUAGCCGAGUGAUCCUGGGAUCCAUCCUGCAGCCUUCUGCACAGGGAGGGCGGGGAUGGGUGAGAGGGGAAGUCAGGCAGGUUUUGCCCAGAAGCCUGAGACUGGGGUGAAUCCUCCCCGACCUUCCCUCCCACCAGCUUCCAAGCCCUUUCCCGAGCAAACUUUGGUGCUAACUGGUCUGAGGACUCUUCUCAGACAGGACUCCGAGCGCUGUUCACGUUCCUCCUUUAUACUCAUUUCCGUGGCCUCUGGGGCACUUGCUUGGGAACUGAACCAGGCUCCUCUGGUUCAGGGCUCACUGUGCAGCCAGGACUGAAAAAAAAUGUUACUGGAGGGGGACAAAGCGUUCGCUGAUGGCCCUAGGAUCCCCUGCAUGCAGGCGAAGUGCGGCUGUGGCUGGCACCGUAUCCAGCUCCGGGGGUUAGAAUUCUGCGCUGUCAUCACGGAUGGCUUGUAAUUAGCUCCUAUAACACGUUACUUUAACGAACCUCUUUGCAGUCAGUGUAGGGCUGGGUAUAAAUCAUGAGGCCAGUCCCAGGUGCUCCAACGUCCUCACCCCCAGGCCCCAUAAAGCUCCCAAGGAAGGGAAGGGAAGCGACCACUAGCUCCAGGCAGAUGUUGAAUCCGUAGCCUGGCCCAUGCUGCCAAGUUACUAAGCUGUGUUCAAAUCCCCCAGAAUGCGGCUCCCUCUAACACAAUAUAACAUCGCUGACCUUGGGCCAAGUGCUGUGGGGUGUAAGCAGGUGCAGCUGCUGCUGAGCCCCGCUAGAGUCGUGUUCACUUACACCAGCGCUGGAUUGGAUCCCUAAUCUAACCUGACACGGGUGCUGCUUUUCCUUACUGCAGCAAACAUCCUCUGGACAGUGGCAUGGGUGGGAUGUCCCAAGAAGGGCUCUAAGCCUCCGACAAGCACAGUGUGAGUCGAGCGUGCUCAGCACCUUACGGGAUCCAGCCCCUGUUCCGAUCCUUUUCCAGCUGUGCAGAGCAAUGCACCUGCUCUGCCCUUUCUCAGCAUGCCACCCAGAGUCAAGCCCUUCAGUGUGCUAAGAGCCCGUGUCUGAGUGCCCCCCUCCAAUUUUGCAUCCUUGUAACUCUGCCAAUCAGACCUGACUAAGGCAGGUCUGAACCGGGCCCUCAGUCUGCGAAACAGCACAAGUUUCCCAACCUUUGUUUGUAUGAUUUAGGUAGUGUAGAAUAAAGACUUCAGGCCAAAUCUUCAGCAGAUCUAAAUCAUCAGCGCUUCACUGACUUCAGGGAUCCCAGCUGGUUUUCGUUUGUUUGUAUUAAUUUAUCGUCUGUCCCAGGGAAUUCAGUAUGUAAAUAGGAAGAGGAUAAAUUUGUCUAUUUGGCAUUAAGAAAAUAAUGAUAAAACAGAUCUAAAAAAAAGAGUUUUGUGAUGCUUUUGUAGUUAGAGUCUAUGUAAAAAGCAAAAAAAGGAAGAAAAAAAAAUGAGUGGCUGAAAUGACCUGUAUUUUUUACACUAGUGAUAAAGGAUGCUUGUAAUUUAUUUUUUUAAAAUGUAUUUAAAGAUAUGCUGAUUGUGCUUCUGCCUUGUAAACGAAUGAUAGGGGAUGAGGAAGGGUGUAUGUGCAUGCUUGCAAGAAUCCCCCUUGCAGAAAGUUGCGGGUACCAAUUGAUAGUCUAGAAAGGCUUUUUUACAGGAUAGUUGUAGAGACAGAUUUAGGGACCACCAUGUCCACUUUAUUGUUCUUAAACUAAUAUUAAUAUACUUUUUUAAAUUCCAUUUUGUUUUCAUUGAAACGUUCCCCUGCUGCGACUGCAACCCGGUCAGAUUCUGAUCUGUUAGACCAACACAAAUCUGGAGCAACUCCUUUGACAGCAAUAGAGAUGAACUGGAUUUUUACCAGUGCCGGUGAGAUUAGAAGCUGACCCCGCAGCCCAGUUGCUAGGGCAUGAGAACCAGGAAGUGAAAUUGACUAGAAGAAAUGAGGUUAAACUAAGGAGUUGGCUGUUUGUGAAUUUCACUCACAAAAUGCAAAAACCAAACCAAAACAACAACAAAAAAGAGCAUAAAUAGAGAUAAGUGGUGGAAAUUCUUUCAGGCAGAAUCAUCUCAGGGGUUAUUGGGAACAUAAAGAAGAAAUUUGUGCUUUAGAAAUGACGAGCAUGACCCAAAGCCCAUUGAAGCCAAUAGGAGUCUCUCCAUUGACUUUGCUGGGUGUUGGAUCACAUCCUCUAUGACUUAUUUUUUUAAAAACAGAUGGUGCCUCCUUUAUAGGGCUGGACCGUGCAAAGUGCUGAGCAACGCCUGAUAGCACCUUGCAGACUCCAGCCGAUAGUUCUCAGUCCUGACACUCCUCUCCCUUGCUCUUGUUUAAAGCGGGAAUAACUGCUGAAGUCGGCAGAGCUAUGUAAGCAUAAAACUUGGUAAGGAAAUGGAGACUCAGGUGCCUUGUUUUUAAAUGGCCUCUGGGGGGAUUGUCCUCUUUGGAGGAGAAGCCCCUCCAUGCACUGGAAGAAGGAGUGGGGACAAGUAAGGGUGUGAGGCGAAUGUGGCAGCACCACCUACCUCGUUUAUUAAAUGCUGGAGUCACUAAGAAUUCUGGAUCUUUGGCACAUUUUUUAAAAGAGACACUUGGACAUGAAUUGUGUUUAAAAAAAAAGAAUGAGAGCAAGGGUCUGAUUCUGCUCUGUGUAACUCCAGCUUCACCCUGUGUAAUGCCACUGAAAUCAAGAGUCACGCUGGCUUGGAACCGGAGUCAGGCCCAAAGAUCCCAGAGCUGAGCAAUAAAUCAUGUGACUGGAGCUCACUAAAGGGCUUAGAGCGUGUGCAUGUUACAGUCUUUUCCACGUGGGGAAGGGGUUUUUGCAGGAUUGUUGCUGCCUGGCUCUGGUAGCAAGAGAUACUAAAUGUAAGUCCGAUUUUCAAACUGGAUAAACUCAACUAAGGUGCUCUCGGUUCUACAUUUGGCUUCUUGAACAGGCAAUUAGUUGCUUAGACACCUCUGUAAGGUGGCAAGUGAGCCCGGUUGGCUCAGAUGUCUAAGUGGCAGUAUGCGAGCCAGAUCUGGAACUGAGCAGCGUGAGAGGGAGAGAGAGGAAAUGGUGAUCAUGUGUGGGAAUGUAUUUGUGUGUGAGAAAGAGAUUGUGCGUCUGUGCACAUGACAGAAUUCUGUCUAUUUAACAUUGAUUAGACCAUGAGCGGAGGCUUUGCCCCUUGUUAAAAAAAAAAAAAGGCUAGAAAGGGACCGUAUGACGAAGCUGACUUUAGUGUGAGAAUCCGGCCUGCACGGUACCUCACUGGGACCAUUGUUGUCUGGCCCGUGUGGCCCAAACCAAACCUACCCUGAGAUAUAGUGUGUUGGGAUUAUUCUGUAGCCUUGUCACCUGUAUGUCAGAACUGAACAGACUGUUGCGUGCUUUUGUUUUUCAUGAAAUUAAAAAUAAUGCGCCCUCUGUAUGAUGCUUUGAAAAAAAAUAAAUAAAUUUGAAUGAAAAAACCA